AUGCGACUCUGGCAGUUUUCCAUCACCGUCGUCGCUCUUCUGCUCAUGGUGACAGAAGCCCGCCUCAGAAGACACCACAGAAAACGGCGAUUCGUGACGAACCAUUUCGACGAACUGUACUGCGGAGAAAGUGCGCACGCUCAAUCACAGGUCAGCCAACGUCUUACAAUCCAGAAAGAAGUUUCCCAUUUUUCAGUUCGAAGAAGAAAGAGAGUCAAACUCUUCGAAGACGUCGAAUGUGCACAGUACGCAGUUCAAUUGGGGACUCGACAACACGAUAUGCAUCAAGUUGCAGAAUGUGGUGCACGUUCUCAAAUACGAAAGGCUCGAACAGAGAUACCCAAUCGAAAGUAUGAUCCAUCAGGAUCCAUUGUGCUUCUCUUAAUUCAGUUUCUUCAGAUUCCUAUACAUUCGCAGUGCCGUUGAUCGACACGAAUUGCAAAUGUCAUUGUUAUGGUCUCGGAGUCAACGACGUUUGCAACGUGGAAAAGUACGCGGACGACAGAAACUGCUCGACUAGCUCCGAGUUUCCCACCUGCUACACCAAGUACCAUCCGGCAGUUGAGCCCAUCGACUGUCCGGUGACGAGCAUCACUGCCAAAGCUUGCUGCGACAUAAAAUGA